CUCCAAAGGGAGGUAAGUGAUGUUAGGAUUUACGUACAUUGGGUAAGGAUGGCGGCGAGUUUGGAAAGAGAAGACGAAGACGAUUCGGCAAGAUUGUUGACAUUUCUUGAUGAGGCAGAGAAGCGAGUAGAGAGUUUCCGGACACAGGCUGUGUACCUGAUGCAGGAGAAGGCGAGUCUGUUGACAGUCCUGCAACAACUGAAGGAAGAGAGUCUAAAAUGUUCAUUGUCCGAGGGUGAUCGCCAACAGUUCCUUGCCAACCUUGAUCGCCUUCGGAAGAGAUCAAAGUCGGCCACCAUUGAGGUGAAUACUGUCCGGAAUGAAACACAAGAGGAAGCCUUGAGUAAGAUCAAUGACAUUCUGGACAAGUUAAAGUGUGAGUUCAACGAUCAACCUGAGAAGUGUUGGCAACAGCUUCAGAUUUACUACAACACCUGUCUGGCAGAGAGCCGUGGGGCAGUGGACGCCCGCUUCCAGAACCUGGUUCUAGACUGCACCGUGGACGAUCAGAAGAACCUCCGACGGAAACUGGACAGCUGGCUAAGGAACGAGGACAUUAUGUCAAAUGGAAGAUUAUGACAGUUUGUGUGUCUCUGGAUGAUUAGAAGAAAAUCCGUUGGAAACUGGACAACUGGCUUAGGAACCAAGACAUAUGUCAAAUGAGAGACUAUGACCGAUGACAGUUUGUGUGUCUAGACAGUUUGUGUGUCUAGACACUGAACUAGGGCUGUAAUGGCAAAAUAUUACAUGUCUUAUUGUGAGGUGAUAUGAUACAUGGAAACUGCACAGUUGCUAUGUUUUGAUGUUUCAUCAUCAGAGGUUGACCUGGAACAGAGGAUUCAGACCGUGUGCACAUCUGAUACAUAUCAGCAGAAAAAAGGUUUUGUGAAAUUAAUCUUCAUGCCAUAUUACAUGUCACCCUUAUAUAUUCUUGUUGCAUGACCUCACAACACCAGUAGUGGAUUAUGGCAAGGAAGGUUGUGAUGCACCUCUGUUCCUUAAAUCAUUACUCCCAAUGCUGGACAAGUGGUUCAAGACAUUUAGGAACUGUGUCCACCUGCAGUGAUAGCAAUGUGUCUGGAUGAAUCCUAACUGACAGCUUGAGUGUUCGAUCACCACAAGAAUGUUCCCGAGAUGGUUAUUCCAUGAGAACUGUUCUGGAGACAGUUAUAAUGCUUAGUAUUAUCCAUGUUAUCCAUAUUGGUAACAGCUUGCCACCCUGUCUUGUGGUUGGAAUCCGGUAUGAUAGCAGUGCUUAGGCGGUGCUGAUAUUAUUUUGUAGUGCCUGUGCAGUUUGAAAACAAAUAUCCAGUGAUCCAUUUUGCAUGUCAUACCCAUUGUUUCUUUUAUCCUAACACUGCUUCACUGGUCUGUCGUCAUGAUUAUGAUACAGCUUGUCAUGUGUUGGGGUUGGAUUCAGGUGCAACUUUCUUAGACUCUUUCUGCUUCACUGGUCCGUAUUCAGAGUAUUUAGCUUUUUGUAAGAUAUGAAUUUUAAGUCUAGAUGAUUUGAUAAAUUCCAUACUUUCCAUACUUUACUUUGGUUUAUUCUGGGUGCACUUAUGCUUUUUGACUAUCACCCUUUAUUCACACUUAACAAUGGAAAGGCAGGGGGAAAUCACCAUAUUCGCGUGAAACUGUAAUCUUUACAUGUGAUGCGAUUGCGUCUAAAUGAACUUACCUAUGGUUAUUAAGAACUCAAAGGGACCACUGAUUCUAGUUCGUCAUUAACCGUAGUUCGUCAUUAUCAUAGAUACAGCAUAUAUACAGCAAAUGGACGGGCCCAAAAAAAAAGUUUGUUAUGUCCGUCAGUAUGUUAUGAGUAUGUUCGUUAUAAAUGUAGUAUUUGUUUUCACCACAUUUUCACAAAAUGUUGCUCUUUCAGCAUGUUCAGAAAACAUCUAAUAUCUAUAUAUUUGCUAUGUGUUUUAACCAAUGGAAAAGUAGGUGCACUAUUUCAUGUUUCCCUGAUUUUGCAGAGACAUUCCAUCAAUGAUUCCAUAGUUUCAUUUCAAGGUCAUCUCAAACUAUCCUGUCUCCAACAUUGGCCGACUGUUUAGUGUCACUCCAUACAAAGGGGGCUCAAGACGAAACUGUAGUAGUGAUUGGUGAAUCAAGGGUAUUUAUCAUAAUGGAGAUACAAGAACAAGUUUAAGCAUGAACAUAAUGAUAGUGUGGAGGUCUUUGGCAUAACACUAAGGUUAGCAGUGAAAUAUUUAUGGAGUCGCUAGAUUCAAAUAAAAUGGCAGCAAACCUCAGGGACACUGGGAGACUCCUUGGUUUCAAGUACUGGAGAUAUAGUGAACUGGAUAACUGAGGAUGUGUUGCUAAAACUCGGAGAUGAAGUACUUGUCAAGUAGUUUCCAGGAUGGAUCUGGUUGGAGCGGCAGGUCUACUGCGUCACUUUGUUUGGAUCCAUCUCGGCUAAACUUUAAGUAAGGUUUGUAAGCAUGAUCCAAAGAUCAAACGUUGCUUUUGUUGACCAUGUUAACAAAAUCAAAGUGACAGCAAAGGGAGGGAACUCCCAUUAUGAACAAACAUUUAUCCGUUCCAUAACCAUGAUAGCUUGAAAUCAAAGAAGGGAGAUAACUCUACACUCUCUACCAAAUUUACACCUGGUCCUGUCAAUAAUGUGAAGAUAUAUUCUUGUUGAUUUUCAUGUUUAACAUUUAAUGAGUAGGAUGAGAAAUACAUGUUUUUGUUCUGACCAUUUGAUUAUAUGCAAUCACAGCAUGAUCGCUCUGUCUCACUCCUGUGUAUUGAAAAAACAAAUACUUGUGUUUCAGGUAACCAGACUGAUCCAUUGUUUUAUUUGCAACCUAAAUGUCUUUAUCACAGUUUGAAAUGUUAACAUUCUCAAAAGUCAGAUGUUUCUGCAUAAUGUAAUUGCUAUAGCUAUUUUGACCCACAAAUUUUAGACUGCAACUAACAUCAGUUCAGUUCGAUUCAAGCCAUCUGGGUUACAUAUUUUUAAUCAUUGUUAAAAAGACUAAUAAUGGCCUGGUGUGACUGUAAGUGGCUUUUGCUAACAUUUAGAUCAGAUUGCAGCAAAAGUAAGUGACAGAGGUCUGCUGGUCUCUCUCUCUCUCUGUGUGGGGUGGGGGUGGGGGGGAUUGUGUAUUGAGAUUAGAUAUUUUUUCAGCCACACCUAUAAAAACAGGUUUUUAAAAAAAUUAAAACAAUGAGCCUUAAAUUUUUAAAAAAGAAUAACAUUUAAAAACAAACUGAGCCUGAAUUUUUUAAAAAGGAUAACACAUUUUAUAUAAGAAUAACACAGAAUAUAAUGUGUUAGUAAAAAUUUCUUGACACAAGAUGUUUGAUUUGAGCUGUGAUUGAGAGUUGAUGGAAUAAUUUCAUAAAAUAUUUCAUUUCUUCUGAUUUGUUACAUAGAUACUCGAUGAUGUGAAUCCCAGUAUUGAAAACUGGUAUAACUAGGAAUUGUUCCUCUGAAAAGCUGCCUGUUGUUGAUUUCUCUCUUCCUCAGAGGGACUUAGGUUUCGAAAUAGGUCCCUACAACCUAUGCUGGUCCUAAGGUGACCAAAGGGAUGAGGUGAUCAGGCUAGCAGGUGAUGGUGUGGGUCGUUGCUCAUAAUAUCAAUCACUAGAUUGUCCUAUCCAGAUUUGUUUAUUUGGAGGCAAAUGUCAAAAAGCUGGAAUAUUGCUGAGUGUGGCAUUACUCAGCAAACAACAAACUUGAUUUCUCUUGGUGGAAUUGAUUCCAAAUCUGGUUCCAGGAGAUCUACACACUCCUUGCUGGAUGAAUGGGUCUCUGGGGUCAGUGUGAGAACCGGAAAACACAGGGAAAGAAUGGCACAAAAUAACUUGACAGCUUUUUUACCUAGAAUAUUGAUAGAUGUCAUUUUGAUGUUGACACAUUUUUUUUAAAGUAUUUGGGAGGGUUUGUUAUUUCAUGUUGAAUAGUGUUGACCUAACCUAAUGUCACCAUCAACAUUCACAUCACACAGCACCACACAACACACCCAUUUUCAAAUCUCAUAUGGACCACAAUUACAUUAACAAAUAAGUAGCACCUUUGUGUGUUUUUUACAUUCAUCAACCUUAUAAAUACAUUUCAAGACUAGUCCAGAAGACUAGUGUGAACCUUAUUUCACAGGCCCUAGUGUAGAUUGUAGCUAGUCCGGCAAGAAUGAGACAGACAUGUUUACUAUGUUCACAUUUUCUUUCCCUUAUACCAGUGUUCGAAAUACCUGCCUGCCCGACUGUCCGAGACGGGUUGAUUUCAACUCGGGCUGCCAGAUUUUCAAAUCCCCCUGCCCGACGGUCGGGUUAUAUUUCAUAUGUGACAAUAUUCGAAAUAUUUCCCGAUGAUAAUCAUUAAUUCACAUGUAAAGAUGAAUGAUAAAAUGUAACCAAAAAGAAAUCCCGUUAGCUUAUCCUGAGAAACAUAUGAUUAUAGUGGGCAGGCAGGUUUUGGUCAGGGCUGGCAAGUAUUUCAGCUAGCCAGUCCUGUGGUCUGGGUGAAAUUUUUGGGAGUUUCAUACCCUGCUUAUACAUGUAGUCAGAUCCAGUUUGAAGCAAAAUAGAAGCUUUGGCAGCUGGUGCAGAAUUAUAGAUCUUAUUGCUGCUGGUCAAUGAGGACCACCAUCAGUGGAGUUGUCCUCAGCACAUUUUAGUAGUCUCAGGCUUGCAAAUUGUGUUAAUUUGAACUUGAAGGCUGUAUAGCAAAAUCCAUCAAUAUCUCCCCACUCUGAUUGUCUGAUUUGAAAUCCAUCCUCUCCUUCCCUCCCUAAAGUUAAGAAAAACCCUUAAAGAAAUCCUCAAAUUAUCUCAGCAUGGGUGGAAUCAUUAUUAUCAUUAUUACUAAAUCUCAAACUGACAACUCAUGCUGCAAAGCUGCAUUUCUGGGAAAUGACUUACAGUAAAAGGAAUGCCAAUGGAUCUUAAGUGUCAAUUCAUAAUAAAAUUAGUAAGUAGAGCCAAGGACAGUAAUUAAUACCUAGAACCAUCAGUACAUCAAAUGUAGUCAGUUAUACUUUCAUGUUCAUAGAUCAUGAAAAUAGUCUUUGAGAUUUGACCACCCUUUUACCCCCAAACUGACAAACAAAGGAUUAGAAUUACUUCGGGCUGCAUUACAGGAUGGAUAGAAUUUGGACUUCAUUACUUUCAGCAGAUUAUGAACAUGGUGUUGAUACUUUAUUGUUUUCAAUUUGUUUUGUUGUAAAUGGAUUUAUAAUGUUGCAGUCUUCAUGGCAAUUUUUUUUAAUAAAACACAUCAAUAAAUAAAA